UCGGCCGAAUUACGCGCUUGACAACAAAUUGUCAACAAAACGGUCGAAUGUCACACCAUCGUAACUGUUAUAGAGAUAGCUGAUGAAAGAAGUGAUGAAAUAUAUGUGAUUUUGUGGUAAAUUGAAGAAAAUUUUCAAUAUCCGCGGCUCAAUGGAGAUCCAUGAAGGCUAAAACAAUUGAAGCAGAGCGUGUACGCGAGUAGACGAAAAAUUGGAGGUUAAACAUGUUGGUGUAUUUGAGCAAGAAAAUCGCGAUUCCGAAUAAUUAUCGGUUGAAUUGCAUAGCAUGGAACGAAAAACAGGGUUUCAUAGCUGUGGGUGGAGAAGACGGUUUAUUAAAAGUAUUGCGAGUGGAAUCAAACGCAUGUGGAGGGGGGGGGGGAGCCGCCCUGACAUCGACGGCAUCGGCAACGGCUAAUAACGCGAGUGGAAAAAGUCGCGGUUCGAUGGCAGCAACAAGCAAUUUAAGCAUGAAUCAAACUCUGGAAGGUCACAACGGCCAGGUUCAAGUGGUCGUCUGGAAUGAGGAGUAUCAAAAGUUGACGUCUAGCGAUCAAAACGGAGUUAUUGUCGUAUGGAUGUUGCACAAAGGCACCUGGUAUGAAGAAAUGAUAAACAAUCGAAAUAAAUCGGUCGUCAAAGGAAUGGCUUGGAGUCAGGAUGGCCAAAAAAUUUGUAUAGUUUACGAGGAUGGAGCUGUAAUCGUUGGUUCCGUAGACGGAAACCGAAUUUGGGGCAAAGAAUUGAAAAAUACUUGUCUCUCGGCGGUUCAAUGGUCGCCCGACGGUAAAUUACUUCUCUUUGGUCUUAAGAACGGCAGUUUACAUCUUUACGACAAUCAAGGCGUUUUUCUCAUCAACAUCAACGGGGAAGUCUCCGUCGGUGGCGGUCAGGGUGGAGUAGGAGCGGGAACGAUAGCGGCGAUGCAUUGGUACGACGGAAGGAACGGUUACGCGUCAUUGGACUGUCCAACAUUGGCAAUUUGCUACGAAUGUGGUAAAAUUCAAUUGAUGAGAGGCACCGGUGACGAGAAUCCGUUGAUAUUGGAGACUGGGAUAACCGCCGUGUCGUGCCGAUGGAACAGCUAUGGUUCGCUGUUGGCAAUAACGGGAACUAUGCCAGUAGCUAUGCACAACGGAGAGACAAAGGACUCGAACGUAUUGCAAUUUUAUACCGCAUACGGGGAACACGUAAAGACAUUGAAGCUACCAGGUCGAGAGGUAUCCGGUUGUAGUUGGGAGGGAGGUUCCCUGAGGGUCGCCCUCUCCGUUGAUUCUCAUAUUUAUUUCGCCAACAUUCGUCCCGAUUACAAAUGGACCUAUUUUGCAAAGACUCUUGUAUUUACGAAUGAGAGAAUAACUCGAAACGGCGGCAUAUGUAUUAAUUUUUGGAAUACGAGCAACAAUACUUGCUGCACGAAGAACGUGAGAGCUUUGUUAUCGAUCGCAUCGCACGGGGAUCAUUGCACGCUGGCUAUAAAAAACGACGAGGGGAGUACAACUUGGCCGCUGCAGCAACAGCAACAGCAGCAGCAGCAACAACAACAACAACAACAAGAAACCGAACGAGCAGCAGCAAUCACCGAGCGUUACGCAUUGUUGGUGUGUAACACAAUAGCGACUCCGAUAGACACGAGGUAUUUGAAUGUCGAGCCUCUGUUCACAGCAAUGACGAGCAACACCGUAAUCACAGCCUCGCGGAAUAAUUUUUUCAUAUGGAAUUUUCGUAAUCCGCGCGGCAACGCCGCUUGUGGAAGAGUCGUCGUCCAUCAUUCGCUAAGAGAUCGUACGUAUCACGUUGACGAUACACCAACCGGCGUCACCGAAGUUAUACAAGAUCUCGACAGAGCGGACAGGAGUUUCGAAGCUCCAACGAGCACAAGAGCGAGCACCGAUCCGAUCUGUUGUAUCGGAGCGAGCGAUAAAAUUUUACUUAUCGGACGUGAAAGCGGCAUGAUACAGCGUUAUUCCCUGCCGCAGGUUACCCUUACGAAUCGUUAUUCCAAUUCCGGCAACGUAGCGCGACCUCAAAGCAUCGCGAUUAAUUCCAACUCCACUAGGGCAUCGAUAAUCGACGUUUCGGGAAUUUUGCGGAUGCUCGAUCUCGAGGAUCCGCAGCAGCAGCAGCAGCAGCAGGUAAAUCGCGACGAGGCGGGACCGGCGACAAAAAAUGGGCGAGACGAUACCGUCGCGGCAGAGGACGUGUCUAAAUUCGAGAGAAAGGACGUUUGGGCGAUGCGCUGGGCCGAAGACAAUCCUAGCUUAAUCGCGAUAAUGGAAAAAACUCGUAUGUACGUUAUACGAAGCUUGGAUCCGGAGGAACCGAUCGGAUGCUCCGGCUACAUCUGCGCUUUUCGUCAUCUCGAAAUUCGUUGCGUUUUGCUCGACGAGAUAGUCAAUAGACCGGACGAUCUCAGGACCGAUUUGAUAAUCGAUUUGGAAGUGAAAUCUCUCCGUGAUACAAAAGAACUGUUGGCGAAAGUUGGUCUAAGGGAAGCUCACAAUUUCAUUCAGGACAAUCCCCAUCCCCGAUUGUGGCGUUUACUCGCUGAAUCGUCGUUGAACGAGCGUGACCUCGAGAUGGCAGAAAAUGCUAUGGUGCGCUGUACCGAUUAUCUCGGUAUUCAAUUUAUAAAGCGGUUGCGCACCAUUAACAAUGACCAAUUGAAGCGAGCCGAGGUUGCCGCCUUUCUCGGUAAUUACGAUCAAGCUGAGAAGCUUUAUUUGGAGCUGGAUCGUCGCGACUUGGCGAUAAAUUUGCGUCAAAAGUUGGGCGAUUAUUUUCGCGUUUUGCAACUUAUGAAAAUGGGAGUCGGCGGCUCCGACAGGCAAAUGGAGGAGGCAUACAACAGGAUAGGGGAUUAUUUCGGGGAGAGGCAAAACUGGGAAAGUGCUCGAGAUUAUUACGAGAAAGGUAGGAACCUCGAAAAGCUCAUCGAGUGUUAUUACAAGCUCGAGGAUUACGAACAAUUGGCAGCGACGACUGAUCUUCUGCCGGACAAGAGUCCGAUAUUGAAGAAGCUCGGUAGAAUGUUGGCCUCGGUGGGAAUGUGUCCGCGGGCGGUUGUCGCUUAUCUCAAGUACGGCGACGUCAAAUUAGCGGUCGAUACGUGCGUCCGUCUCAAUCAUUGGGAUCGAGCGGUAGAGCUCGCUAAAACUUACAAAAUGUCACAGAUCGGUGAUUUGCUCGACAAAUAUGCCAAUCAUUUGUUAUCCAACGGGAAAAUCCUUCAAGCUGUCGAAUUGUACAAAAAAGCAAAUUGUUAUCUGGAAGCCUCGAGGCUUAUCGUUAGUUUGGCCCGGCAACAGGCAGAAACUCGUGGUAAUCCGCUGCGCGUUAAAAAAUUAUACGUUUUGGGUGCCCUCAUGAUCGAGGCCCAUAUCGAUAGUUUGCCGUCGAAUUCUCGGAGUAACGUUCUCAUGGGUCUUGCCGAGAGCAACGACGAGCACGCUCGGCUUAUUGAAAAUGCUUGGCGCGGAGCAGAAGCUUAUCACUUUCUUUUGCUCGCGCAUCGACAAAUUUACGACGGUCAUUCCGAGCUCGCGAUUAAAACUUGCCUCAGACUCGCCGAUUACGAGGACAUUAUUCAUACCGAGGAUAUUUAUUCUCUCGUAGCCUUGUCAGCUUGUGGCUCUCGCGCAUUUUCCGCCUCUUCCAAAGCUUUUAUCAAGCUCGAAGCUCUUGCCGAAGACUUGGAAAAUCUGCCUCAUACUCGCCAUCGCCGUCCUCACAAUUAUCAACAAUUGGCCCUCGAAAUAUUUAUCAAGUAUCCACCCGAGGAUACCACCGCUCUUACUCCCAUCACCAUCAAAUCCGAAUGCCUCAAUUGCGAAACUCUUGUUCCUGAUUCGUGCCUCGCUUGUCCCAAUUGUUCCACUAGAUUUCCGGCCUGUCUUCUUUCCGGCAAAUCUCUCAUGGAUUUGAGCGCCGCUUGGAUUUGCGCCGUCUGUCGUCAUUAUGUCGCGACUGAACGUGACAUUGUUAAUAUAAAUGCGUGUCCGCUUUGUCACGCGACCAUCACGUACAUGUAACCUGCUUUCCUUUCUCCUAUUUUAUUCUCAUUUUCUCAAAUUCUAUCCUAAAUAAAACAGCUCAUCCAUAUCCUCUCCGUUAUUGUACCACUAUUUUCUUUCUUCUUUGUUGUUGUUGUUGUUGUAUUUCAUUGAAUGGCGAUUAAUGCGAGGGCAAAGAGUUACUCGCGGUAUUAUAUCGGAUCAUCAUCGUCACCUACCAAUACACUAUAUACACGAUUAUAGUGAGCUACGUUUUUUUUUUCUUUUUCUUUCGUCACAACCGCGAGUAUGAAAUACUCGGUUGUGUAUAUAUAUAUUUUAUCAGCAGCUAUAGAGGCUGGUAGAGUCUCGUAUCAUCAUGAAUUUUUCGAGAAUUCGAUUUAUGCCGUCCAAGAGGUCGUCAGUUCCGGGAAUAGAAAAAACGUAUAGAGCACGCGAUUCCUGUCUAGUCGUCUUCGACCACCGCACAUCUUAUUUAUUAUUUUCACGCUUAUUUUACUAUAAUAUGAUACACGGCAACACAAGAGCGGCAUUGCGUAUAUUAUCUUUUAAAAAUAUAGGAAAGGGAAAAAAACAAUUUCACGAUGAAAACGUGUCACCUUCCGUCCAUAACAAAUAAUAAAUGGAUCUGCGCGCGCGUAUGUGAUAAACAGCAUCCGUGUGUGAUAAAAACUUAUUUUUUAAUUUAAAAAAAAAAAAAAAAAAAAAAACGCAAAUGCGGGGAGGGGAGCAGGUAAAUUCUUCUGGGAGGAAUAGCAGAAAAAAUGGAAUGCUCGAAUGAAAUUAAUGUUUCGUUGUGUUGUUCUUAAAAAGCAGUUAAUUUAAAAUAAAAGUGAAUAAAUUGUGUGAUUA